AUGUGUGAGAAAUGCAUAAACGGAUUUUACAUCACAGGAAAGACGAUAUGGAACUAUAUACCUACUUUUCAAGGAAUUUCUUCUGUCUCCUCCUUUCCCUGUUCUGCUGUUCCCCUCUAUUUCUCUUCCCGUUCCUGCAUACUGCUCUGGUUUAUUAUCGGUCUGUAUUCUGAUAAGACUAAUUCAAGAUUUCAAGGGAUGACGAUGAUACGGUUGUUGCCAUAUGUUGGAGAUAUUGAGAUUGGGAAUGAACCUAUACGGAUGAACGUCUUGAUGAGGAUGAACACUGAGCAAAUCAUCAAGAUUCUAAGUGAAUACAGUAAUGAUGACAGUCGAGUGAAAGUUGUCAUUAAAGACGGUAAAGUCGUUGGGUUUAAGAUUUUCAAGGAUAAGGGUCGAGUUGAAAUCAUUAAGUGCAGUCUUACUGGGGAGAAUGUAGGUAAAAUAUACCAGAGGAUCCCCAAUAGGGCGGAAGCUGUCAACCUGGGCCCGCUAGACUACCGUGUGAAUCUGAUCAAUUAUAAGGGGGAGAAGGAUGUGGAUCUGCGGAAGAUUGAAGAAUACAAAACCAAAGUCAGGAUUAUGGAGAAGGUCUGCGAGCAGGGGGCUGGAACCGAAGAGGGCAUCAAAUGCGACGGGGUGGAUCUAAGAGAGUUCCCUGCUUGGAUUGUUGAGCAGAUGGAGGUGACGAAGGGGGUUAUUGACUGGCGAUAUGCCAAGUUAGUGAAGAGUUUUGGAGAUGGGAGGUACAAGAAACGGUUAUAUAUUGAAGGUUAUAGGCCUCACGAUUCGCAGAUGAUGUUGUACACCGGUGGAGUAGAUGAUAUACUGACGAGGCCAAAGGUGUACAAGGGUGGCGUGGAGAAAGCCAGAAAGUAUGUAAGCCGGUACCAGAAGGUGUAUCCGAUAUACUACCGGUUGUACGACAAGAUACGGCGGGACCCCCUGGGGACGACUGAUCAAAUCAACAAUGAUCUCAAGAGGUUGAUUGAGAUGCACAAUGAACUAGAGGAACUACGACAUCAACUGGAGGUCAACCAGCAAGCAAACAAGUAA